AUGAAAUGGCCCGGUGGCUACACCCGAGUUCUCCGCGUCGAGCCCAUGAAAGAAGAUCAAGCCGAAUCCGCCAUCCUCGAACUCGUAGACGGACCACGAGACAUGCGCUUCGCCAUGACCGCAAAGACACUAGCGAGGAGACCAGCAAAUCUAGGUCUGACACCAGGAAUCACAACGCACGUCAAGAAGGUCACACAAUUCCGCAAGGACGGUGUAGAUGGCUUGCGGGACAUGGUCGAGAGAUUACGGAUACUACAUUCCACAGGUCUGGACAGGAGGACAUUGCCCGCGCCUAAGAAGGUGUACCCAGAGAUUGGGAUGAAGAGGGACAUGCAUUACUUUGAGGAGGUUGAUAUGGGCAAGGCCCCCAAUAAGGUCGUUGGACCAGGAAAGCAGAAAUACUUGAUAGAAAGGAGCCGAAGGUUACAGCAAGAGAAGGAGGAGCGCACAAGGGCGCAUAAGGAGAGGAUGGAGAAGAUGAAGAAGGUCAAGGCGUGA